UGCUGUGCUGCUUGUCGUCCACCACCACCACCACCUCAGCCUCGUCCCAUACGCCCCGCGGCCGUCAAGAUGAAUCCCGCCGUCCAGAACAUGGUCACCUCCCUCGUCCUCAUGCAGGUGGGGAAGAGGAUACCGUUCGAGAAACCGGAGGUCCUCAACUACGCGCGGAUUGCCUACGUGGUGAUCCAGGUCAUUAUCCUUGGGACGUACUACUAUAUUUCGAUGAAGAUCAAGGCUAAGGAUGACAAGACGGUGCUCAAGUACGUUGAGCCGCCAACACCCAUGUCCGGGCAAACGGAGGGCGAGCUGGUCACAACAACCGUCCGCGACUACGACCUCGCCGAGACCUCGAAGGCGAUUAAGGGCGCCUACACCGGCAUUGCCAUCAUCGCCGUCAUGCACCUCUACUUCAAGUUCACCCAGCCGCUCUUCAUGCAGAGCGUCCUCGGUCUCAAGGGCCUCUACGAGUCCAAGAUGGUCCAGCUCUACAUCCUCGGCAAGCCCGCAGAGGGCGACCUCGAGCGGCCAUUCAAGUCGGCGGCUGGCUUCCUCGGUGCUGCUGCCCCCGGCCCGCAGACGGACAGAGCGGCCAUCGCGGCGGCGGAGAAGCGCGCCGCGAAGAAGGACGAGUAGAGGCUUGCAUGCACAUCCGAGUGGACGCUCCCGCAUCAUUCGAGUGGACGCUCGCGCAUCAUCCGAGUAGACGCUCGCACACCAUCCGAGUUAUCGCUCACGCACCAUCCCACCACCGCGGCGAGGGCACGGGGCCCGUCUUGUAUACCUGUACUACACUACUGGAAAACGACAUAUGCCGCUAAUGCGCACUUUAUGGCUGUAUCUGGGGCUAUCUCGCCGUCGCUUCGAGCUUCUAAGGUUGAAUGCGAAGCGAACUCCACUGUGCUCUCCACUGAAC